AUGGCCUCUAUCUUGAGGCUGCCGAAUGUUGGAGCGGAGCCAAAUUCUCGCUGGAGCUUUUCCGCGGCUGGGAGUGGCAGCCGCCUCGAUUGGAGCCAAGCCUUACCAGCAACGCUGGAGGCUUUCUGGCCGGAUAGCACUGUGCGUGAAGCCAAGCAGCGGUCCGAUGGCUUGGCCCUGAGGUAUGCAGCGCCGACGACGCUGGUCAAGAAGGGCAACCUCACGGAGCGAACCGUCACGUCAGCAUGGCUUGCCGGAGAAGUCUGGUAUGACGAUGCCCAGUGCCUUUCUGCAGAGUGGAUCCGCCAACAAGACGAGCUGCUGGCUCCAAAUGGUGUGGCCGACUACAAGGUGCUCAUGUCGCUUCGCAAAGAAGGUGAUGCCGUGACUGGGCAGAUGCGUGUGGCGGCCUUUUUGCAACCUGUGGACGAGCGCUAUUUCGAGGCUGCAGACACGCCUGACAUAACAGCACCCAACGUAGGAGGGUGA